AAUCAGCUGGCUGAAACAAAUUUGCUAGCAGACGUCAAUUAGAUGUCAUGUUUUGUUUUGCUCAGAUAGGUUAAGGUUGUGUUGUGCAGAAGGUUAACAUGAGCAGAUUACAACAUUUAUUUAUCAAAAGCAUACGAGCUCAGAGUUUUGGAAGCUCUCAUUUUCAAAGCUAUUCAACAGCCACAACCAGUAAUUUAGGAAACAAAGAUGAAGAGACUGCUUGUGAGAAAACAGAUAAAUUAAGCAAGAAACUAAGAGCCAAAACACCAAUCGGUAAACUAGAUGAACUCGAUGUGGGGAAGCACCCUUACCAAGAAAAGGAGCCUCUGCCAGAAUGGCCCAACAAUACCAAUCCCAACACAGGAGAGGUCGGAGGCCCACGUGGGCCGGAACCCACCCGUUAUGGUGACUGGGAGCGCAAGGGCAGGGUCUCGGACUUCUAAUUGCCUGUGUACAAGAAGCAAAAACAUGAAGUAAAGCUCAUCACCAAAACAAAAAAGAAUCAGUACUCAACCAUCAAUAGUCAUGCUCACUCCCUUCUGGAAUGCAGAGUAAUUUAGGAAUAUUGCAUGGAUUUAAAGGAGUGACAGUAAUACUUCUUAUUCAGAUCUGAUUAUAAAUAAGCUUUAGCCCACAAUUAGAAGUAAAUGAUAAGGAAUUCUGACUUUUUGUGUGUAUUUACAGCAUGAAAAUGCCUGACCGCAUACACCCUAUCUUUUGGUUCAAACCAUCCAUGGUAUCAGAUUUGAAUGUCUCAUACUUUAUUCUCCAGAGUCUUUGUCACUAAUGGCUAUUGCGUUCAAUCCCACUUAAAGAAGUGAUGGGAGAAAAAUAUUUCACAAGAAAUUAAGAAGUAAAACAUCAUGAUCCAUAAGUGGCUGUUUGCGACUAAAUGAAUUAUACUUACAUACUUGGAUCCAUACACUAUCAAAGCGGUGAAAGACAAAUCAAGGAGAUUACGUUAAAAAACUAUACAUACGUAAGUUUCUCCAAUUUUUUCCAAUAAACCAUUUGUAGCACU